GAUGACCACGGAGCCUUCCACCUCCGCGGCGACCUCCACCGCCGCCGCCUUAGCAGGCGACGCUAACGGCACGGAGCCAUGGAGCGCCCGCGUGCGCACCUUGUCGCGCCUCGGCCGGCACCGGGAGGUCCUGGCCCUGCUCCGCGACGGCGACCCCUCGCCGCCGCCGCACGCCCUUGCGCUACCAGCCGCGGUCAUCUCCUGCACGGCGCUAUCCCUGGUCUCCGGCGUCGCCCAGAUACAGGCACUCGGUUGCAAGCGCGGCCUGCUCCCUUCCUCCGACGCCUACCUCCUCUCCUCGCUGCUCUCCUCCUACUCCCGCCUCGGCCUCCUCCCGCGCGCCCACCAACUCCUCGACGAAAUGCCCCUCGCGUCCACGCCUCCCACCACGCUCCGCACAGCCUUCAACUCCCUCAUCUCCGGAUGCGCGCUGCACGCGCUCCCGGCCGCCUGCUUCGCCCUCUUCCGCCGCAUGCGGGCGGCCAGCGCCCCCUUCGAUGCCGUCACGCUGAUGACGCUGCUCCCCGCCGCUCCUCAGAGCGUCGUGCCGCAGCUCCAUGCCCUCGUGGGGAAAGCAGGGCUGGCCGCCCAGACAAACGUGGCCAACUGCCUCAUAUCAGCAUACGCGCGCCGCGGCGCUGGCCUUGCCCGGCAGGUGUUUGACGAGAUGCCAUUGACCUCCCGUGACAUCGUCUCGUGGAACGCCGUGCUCUCAGCCCACGCGCAGAAUGGCCUCGCAGUGGACGCCCUUGAUCUCUACAGCCGCAUGUGUGGCCACGAUGGCGGCGGCGUGGAGCCAGACGCCGUGACGCUCGUGAGCGUGCUCUCCUCGUGUGCCCACCUUGGAGCGCGCGGUGUAGGCCUGGGUGUCGAACGCUACAUGCAAGAGAGACUCCCAGGCUUCCGUGCCAACAUGCAGCUCUGCAACUCUCUCAUCAACUUCCAUGCACGCUGCGGCAAUUUGCCCCAGGCACAGCGGCUGUUCAACGAAAUGCCCAGGAAGAGCAUUGUGUCUUGGACGGCACUGAUCACUGGGUACGGCAUGCACGGGCAUGGCGAUGUUGCUGUAAAUCUCUUCCAGGCGAUGGUGUCAGAAGGCAUCCGGCCAGAUAAUGUCGCAAUGGUCGGCCUCUUGUCGGCGUGCAGCCACGCUGGAAUGUACGAGGAGGGGCGCAAGUACUUCUCAGCAAUGGAGAGUACAUACCAGUUGCGGCCUACACUGGAGCACUACACCUGCAUGGUGGACCUCCUUGGACGGGCCGGCCGUCUCAAGGAGGCACAAGAACUCAUCUCCUCAAUGCCCAUGCCAGCCGACGGUGCGGUGUGGGGUGCCCUUCUUGGGGCGUGCAAGAUACAUAAGAAUGUGGAGAUAGGGGAGGAGGCUUUCGAGCAUGUCAUCAAGCUCGAACCGAGCAAUGUCGGCUACUAUGUGCUCAUGGCAAACAUAUACACAGACACAGGACAACUGGAGGGUGUGGUGAGGGUACGUGCGAUGAUGAGGGAGCGUGGGCUCAAGAAGGAGCCUGGGUGCAGCUAUGUCGAAAACAAGGGGAGGGUUCAUCUCUUCAUGGCUGACGACCACUCACAUCCGCAGGCAAAGAGGAUUUACGAGCUCGUGAUUAAGCUUGAACAAAUGGUGACGGAGAAAACAGAUGGCACUGUGGAAACUGGGCAAGGCAGAGUGGACGAGGGGUACUCUGGGAAGAUGGCUGCGCCGUUGAUCGGCUUUCACAGUGAGAAGCUCGCUGUGGCCUUCGGUAUGCUGAACACUGAUGACAGUGAGAUUGUGGUGAUCAAGAACCUAAGGGUAUGUGGGGACUGCCACUCUUUCCUGAAGGCGGUCUCUGCAAUUGCCAACCGGGCAUUUCUCGUCAGGGACGCGAGCCGCUUCCAUCGCUUCGAAGGUGGAGCAUGCUCCUGCAAAGACUACUGGUGAAGAAUUUGGUGCUCCCUGUUAGGAGAAAGGAAUAUUUCACUCCGGAUCUUCAGUGCUCACUGCACUGGAACAGGCUUGGUGACUAUGCUACUACUGUCCUUCCACUCUAGCUACGAGAAAAGUGGAGGGCUGGAUCAACAGCGGGCAUGAUGGACUCGCUGUUAGGUUGACCAGUACUCUCAGAUCGAACCCGGUUCAUGGAUGGUUAUCCUGGUGCUGGACAGCCAGUAGAACAAAGUGUGAACUUUAUCGAGGCUUGCAGUCUACUCCUGAUCAAUUGGCAUUGCCCCUCAUGCAAUUGCUUGUGGAAAUGCGAUGCUCCACCCACGCCCUUGGACCUUCUACGAGGAAUUACCCGGCCCUGUUUGAGACAAUGCCAGAUUUUUUUACCAGAUGUGGUUCAGAGUACACCAGCGAUGAUCAGCAUGUUCUGCAUCGUUGGCAUGGUUCAGGUCGGUUGUUUAGUCAAAUAUAAAGAAUGAACCGCCAUCUUUUGCAUCAGGAAAGGGUUGAUGGAAGGGCAAAGGAAAAAAAUGACCAUGAUGCUGAGCUUUAUGUUUCAUGCGCGCGCCAAUUUUAGAGUUUUAUUGAUUCCACUGGUGUGAGUCGAUUUUGUAGACAAUUUUGUAUUCUUGUCAUUGGAAUCGUUGCAGUCAUGUUGCUAUCCACUAUUUUUGCCAUUCUAGUGCACUGAUGGUUGCCAGGAUAACAAGAUCAGGCACACCAGGAAAGCAGCGGCGUCAGGUUUCGAUAUACUGUCCGUCGUUGGUUGAGCUCAGUGUGAUCUAUGCUUUGUUGCAACAGCACCUACUGGGUGCUGCGCUUACUGACAGCUACUGCAAACAAUUUCCUAACCCACAAAUUGUUGCUGAGUAUGCAUCUUAAUACGGUGAACAAUUUCAUGCUGUGUUAUAAGCUGAGAUAUGUGGUUGCUUGCAACAGGCUGGUGAUGGUUUCGGGCGGUUUUCCAACAUGGAAGCUAGAGCUGCAUGUUCAUCCCCAGUUCAUCAUAGAAAGCAACGGUGGUAGCUGCUGACAGGAGUACAUAUCAUCGUAAAAUUGCACAAUGCUGGUCACAGGCUAUCGACAUGCAACACCAAAAUUUUAGAACUAUUCUUAGAUGAAUCCAGACGAUCAUUUGGAAGAUCUGUAGUAGAAACCUUGUCUGGUUCGUCCAAACAAAUCUAAGCCCAGGAAAACAAAGGCAAAAUCAUAUAUUGAUGGCACAGUUCAAGCACUGUACCUGUGAUGUACAUAAAUUUCCUGAGCUACCACCAUAUUACACAAUUGUGAUAUUAUACAACGGGCAGAGUUCAAGCAAUGUUCAUGUCGUAUAAAUGAUUGGGCUAGUUUACAAAGAGGAUCUCCUAGACACAUCAAGGACAAAAGAAAAGGA